CCCGGUUUUAGUAGUAUUAACAAUGACGAGAACGAUCUCGAUAAUAAAAAUGAUGACGAUGAUGGCGAUGAUGAUGAUGAAGAUUACUCGUUGUCGGUAUCGGCAAUAAUGCAACGUCGUGCCAGUGUACGAGGAUAUCGAAAAAAAACUAAUCGACGCGCUAACAGGCGAACAUCGAGUCCAAUGGACCACGUGGUCGAUCAUGUUGAGCAUAGACGCUCAAGUGUUUAUACCACAAGUUCAGAAGAAGGCACAAAUCAAGAGUCCACACAAGAGCAAAUAUUCGAGAAUAUACGUUUACAUAAGGAGGUAAUACAAUCAGUUAAAUUGCAACCGUGGCCUAUACGCAAAAAACUAAAACUUGUCCGGCAGGCAAAAACGUACGUAGCACGUCAUGAGGGUGCAUUGCAGGAACGUUUUGCUAUGUCACGCAGUACAAGAGAUUUGUGGGCGCGCUUCAAGAUUUUAAUGGCAGCCCGUUGGCGUCAUUGGAAACGUGAAACAGCCAGCUUUCUUACUGUGCUCAUACCAUGGGAAUUACGCAUCAAAGAGAUUGAAUCACAUUUCGGUUCAGGUGUAGCAUCAUAUUUUACAUUUUUACGUUGGUUGAUGUGGGUGAAUGUUAUAAUUGCUUUACCAUUGGUUGCAUUCGUCAUUGGACCAGAGUAUUUUGCCACUAAGCACGAUGAAGUGGAUCCACGCAAAAAAAUGACGGACGAUGAAAACUACGUAGCAGGAAAUUUAUUUACAAUCUGGGAAUUUGAGGGUUACCUCAAGUAUUCACCGCUAUUUUACGGGUAUUAUUCAAAUUAUUCGGGAGCGAGCUCUUUAGGAUAUAAAUUGCCAUUAGCUUAUUUUCUUACAGCGGUAGCGGUUUAUAUUUACAGUUUUGUGGCCACGUUAAGAAAAAUGGCAGAAAAUUCACGCAAUUCGAAGCUAUCAUCUAAAGACGACGAGUGUACUUUCUCAUGGAAACUGUUUACUGGUUGGGAUUUCAUGAUUGGCCAUGCAGAAACAGCACAUAAUAGAAUUGCAUCCGUUGUUGUUGGUUUCAAAGAAGCACUGCUUGAAGAAGCCGAAAAGAAAAAGGAUAACCGCAACUGGCGUAUAAUUUUGCAAAGAAUUUUAGUAAAUCUAUUAGUGAUGAUACUGUUGGCAGCAUCUGGUUAUACUGUCGUAGUUCUGGUUAACAAAUCGGAGGAAUUAGCUCGUCACGACAAUUGGUUGAGUAGAAAUGCGGUUAACGUUACGAUGACUUUAUUGUCAUUUUUUCUGCCGAUGAUAUUUGAAGCUUUGGGUUUAUUUGAGAACUGGCAUCCGCGUCAGCAAUUGCGCUUACAAUUGGCCAGAAUUAUGAUUUUGAAUUUAUUGAACUUAUAUUCGCUUAUGUUCUCGUUCAUUUAUAAAAUCAACAGCAAAGAGACACCUUUAAGUGAUUUAAAAAUCAAAAAUGAUACGGCAGCCAAUGAAUUAGCGGACCUAACAGAAUUUUGGAAACUUUUAGAUUCCGCGACAACGACAAUAGAUACAAACGAAUUAACAGAUUACACUGAGGAUUAUACAACGACUUAUAGUCCCUUGAUAACAACGACAACAACAACAACAACGACAACAACAACUGAUAGUACAAGUGAAGCGUUCGAAAGUACGACAACUGCUGCCUUGCUAACAACAAUCAAUAAAGUGAAAUGUUAUAAUAUAACUGUAAGAUGCUCAAGGCCUUGGAAGGUUAAAACAACCGCCAGCACAUCGAAAGCGACAACAGCAGCCACAACACUAUUACUAUUAAAUUUAACAACGACAAUGAUAAAUCCAGAUUCUCCAUUUUCUACCUUAAUUCCUUUAAACACAACCGACUAUACCCCAUUACUGAAGACCACAACCGCGGACUAUACAUUAUCAUCCUAUGAAUAUGAGGACUUCUCCUCAUACACAACAGAUGAUGACGAUUCAUUUUCCACAUUUUCACAGUUAGCCAGUACGACCACAGUAUCCCCUGUAAAUGAUACAUUCUUCGACUACUAUUAUGAUUAUUUGGUUGCUUUACCAUACGGCCAGGAAGAUGAUGUCUCGCUAGCAUCUGACAAGCAGACAGUUUAUGCUAAUAAAACUAAAAGAGAACUUCCACGAGAACAAGCUAAGGUUCAUGAAAGCUUCGAAAACGGGGUCUUAAAGACUACUCAGCCGCCUAAAGAAUUAUCAUUCAGCAAAUUCAGCAAAAAUCGAGAUAAUUUCCAAAAUGUCAAGGCGCCCGUGCAAACGCUGCAAAAUUUACACAAAUCGAAAUAUAGCCGACGCAGGAAAGAAGAAAAUCAAGAUUUAGCAAAUCGGGGUAAUACGUUAUCGUCCACUACCGCACUUGAUAUGUCAACUACUGACCAUACAACAAAACAUGAAUAUUUAUGGGAAUCCAAUAAGCGUUUGCAGAAAGUGGCUGAAUUCUUUACAACCGCGGUAUACAAAAACUUCCAUGAUAAUGUUAACGAUAAUGUCGAUGAUACAACCACAAUAGCCACAACAGCUACCUUAACUGAUAAUAUAACUAAUAUCGUCAACAACACCAACACCACCACCAACACCAGCGCAAGCACCGCCGCUCCUACUACGAAAAUGACAACCACUACCGUGACUGAAACCAACAGUAGCCAUCAUCAGGGAAUUCUUACAUUGUUAACCACACCAUUACGUAAACCACAAUCGAGCCAGCAGGAGGACGAUUUAACAAAUGACAAUGUAGUGUCGGAAAUAUUGUCGUCCACCACACCAUAUUUUAUAGAUGAACAAGAUGAUGUAGCCAUUGGAGGCCAGACUGACUACUUUGACUGGAGUGAAAUUGAUGAGGCGAAUUUCGGUUUAUGUAUACGUACAGUAUGCGUUAAAGUACCUGGAGAUUUAUAUUCAACAACUACCGAAAUGGAAACGACGACGGUGACGGCAGCAACCACCACUACGCAACUGACGCUAAUACAGCAAUAUCAUCAAAAUUUAACGCGGUUAAAAAAAACCUUUAAGGAAAUUGAAAGAAAUUUAACCAGCAUGUGUUGGGAAACCUCGCUAGGCCAAGAGCUAUCCAAAGUUAUUGUUUUCGACGGGUUAAUGUCAAUAGUAGCGCCACUGUGCAUUGAUUUUCUGCGCGCUUUAUUUGUUCGUUAUGUAAAUCGCAAUUGGUGCUGGGAUAUGGAAAAAACGUUCCCUCAGUAUGGUGAUUUCAAGAUAGCUGAAAAUAUUUUGACCUUAAUUAACAAUCAAGGACAAGUAUGGAUGGGUAUAUUCUUUUCACCGGGCCUGGUGCUUAUCAAUCUAGGCAAACUGGUUAUUAUGAUGUAUUUCCGCUCGUGGAUUGUUCUCACUUGUAAUGUACCGCAUGAAGUUGUAUUCAAGGCGUCAAAAUCGAAUAAUUUUUAUCUGACUCUGCUGUUGACAAUGCUGUUUCUGUGCGUGCUUCCGGUAGGUUACGCUAUUGUUUGGCUACGCCCAUCAUGGCAUUGUGGACCAUUCUCUGACUAUAAUCGUAUAUCGGAAUUCAUUACAAAUGCUACCAGGACUGCUUUACCCAAACAACUUCAUGACCCAUUAAAUUACUUGACUUCCUCUAGUACUGUGAUACCAUUGCUGCUAUUGCUCAUUCUGAUUAUUUAUUAUUUGGUCUCAUUAACGGGAGCCCUACGUGAAGCCAAUCAAGACUUACGCACUCAAUUGCAAAAAGAACGCGAAGAAGAACGGAAGAAAAUUUUCAAAGUAACGGAAAAUAAACCGGCUGAGCAAACGACGAUUAACUUAACAAACCGUUGGCGGAAAGUUUUGGAGGCCUCAUCUCCCCUCACUCCCACACAGCCGAUAGAUUUCGAAAGCGAAGAGUACAAAUCUCAAGCACGUAAAGAAUUAAUUACGCGUAUAAUGAAAAAAGCUUUACGCAAAGGAUCUGCGACUUCGGAUGAAGAUUCCUUUGUAAAGCCGUAUCGGGACGAUGACGAUACAGAUACCGAACAUCAUGACUCCCUGCCACGCGAUGAGGAAACUAAGGAUAAGCCUGCUGCUAAUGCUGCUGUUGUUGUUGUUGUUAAUAAAUUACAGCAAAUUCGUAAAACACGUAAACCCUCUUUGGUAGAUAUCGUGCAAAUUGCCAAAAGUGUUGAACGGGAGCGUGAAAGAGGUUUAGCAAAAGAGCUCCACCCAAAAAGUAGAUUCAAUGUAGAGAAAUAUGAAAAAAAGGCGAAACAACAAACAAUACAAGACAAUACUAACGAUCCCGAUUUAAAUAUGAGAAUAAUAAAUGAAAGAAGAGCAAGUUUAAUGUGCCGUCGCCGAGAGGAAGAGAAGCAAGGUUCAAGUGAGCGACUAAAAAAACAAAACAGUUUAAGCUGCAAGCAAGGAAUGACAAUUGAAUUAAAAGAGGUGGUAGUAGAGAAUUUGGGAACAGGAGAAAACGAUUCUUCAACAAUACAAAAUUCUUUAAACAAUAACAACGCAUCAAGCAGAGCGCAAACUAAACAAAAUGAUGAAAUGAUGAGCGAAAUGAGAGAAAAUGUAUUAACGAUAACAAACAAUGACGACCAAAAUAUAUUAAAUGUUGAUGCUCCUAAUUUAAAGCAACAACAAAAUUCAAAUUCUUUCUUAAGGCAAAGUAAUCAAAUGGGAUCAAAGGAAUCCUAUAAGAUUGUUGAUGAAAAGCCAACAUCGCUAAAUGAGGGAAAGAACUCAUCGCCCCCUUUAGGGCAACUGAUGAACUUGGGCGAUAAAUUAAAAUUUAAACGUAACAAAAGCAAACCAACCUUAGAACCGGAAAUCUUCAAUUUCGAGACAGAUAAAAUUCAACAACUUAGGUCUUCCAAUAUGCUGGAACCGCUCCAUCGUGGCAAGAUAUGUCAAAAUCGUACUGAAACUACGAGUGCGUGCGCCCAAAAUAAUCACAGAAAUUAUGGCAGCGAUAUGCUGGCCAAUUUCUCAAGACAGGGACGUAAAAGAUUUGGAUCUCUGCUAACCUUAGUAAGAGAAACGGUAAAUAAUAACAAAAAAAUCGAAAAUAUUCCAACUCAAGCAGAAACUGCCAUUGAAAUACCUGCAUCUCCGGGAUUAAAGAGAACAAAUUUUCCUGAUAAAUCCGUCAUUAGUGUAACGCCAAUUAGGACUUUGCCCAGUGCAACAAAUAGUACUAACGAAAUUCAUCUUAUGGCCAGAGCUCCUUUAGAGAGUCCAGAGGAUUUGGAACCGCACACUUUUAAUCCCAUUUUAACAAAUCGUGAGAGUGUAUAUUCCAAUCGUAAUCGUACUUAUGAAAGCCCCUUGUAUUCAGCUACCUGUCCAGAUUCCCAAAUCUCCAAUUGGUCGGAUAAUAUACCGACAAUCACGAUCAGCCCAACCGGUGAUUUAGUAGAGAAAGCUUCCGACACUAAUACAGAACAACAAUGUGAGUAUUUAGCACUCGGACCAACAAUAACUCCACAAGACGACGAAUCCAAUAAGUAA